AACAUGUUUCAUAAAUAUAAUAUAAAUUAAUUUUUAAUUGAAAAUAUUAACUUAAUGGCAAUCGACAUGGCUCACCCAUUAGAAAACCGUGAAUUUUUUGACCAAAUCAUUAAAAACAUUGACGAUGUCUUUGUACCCGAUGACUUGCAUAGUUCCCGCCGUCAACUACAGGACAAUGAUAUCCUAAGAACCUUAGAUCGAUGCUUUAGUGUCAUACAAGAAUCGAACAAGUCCUUGAGUGGAGCAACUGCUUCAGCUUUAGCACAGCGCAAGACUUUGAGUGCAACAACUCUACAAAUAUCAGUAACCAGCUAUCUUAGUCGUUUUCUCAAGCAAAGCGUUUAUGACCGCAUAAAAAAGCGACAAACUCGUCUGGACCAUAAUUUGUUUGAUGUCAUUUGGCCGGCAAUGCGUAAAACUUCGAAACUGCGCCAUCUAGAGGAGGAUAUAAAUUGUGGCAUAAUUUCUCCGGACUUUGAUGUAUUCGUAGUUUAUCAAGAAUUUCUGGUUCCACUUAUAAAAGACAUGCAUUGUAUGGAUCUGGAAGCUGAAUUCAAGCCACAUCCACGUAUUGCUUAUUUUCCAAUGGAGAAUGGUGAACGUCUUAACACGGCAGGUUUUAUAUUUGAUGACGAAUCAAAUGUUGUACAGCGGUGCAUUGUAGAAUGCUCACGUAAUUUGGAUGAAUUUGAAUUGCCACUGAAUUUGACGAUUGGACAAAUCGAACAAGCCGAACGCUUGAUGAUGGGUAAAAUAUUUACUUCUGCAUUUUCUGAGGCUAUUGGAGAAAGCGAAAUGGGUAGUUAUUACACGCUUACCGAAAUAUUGGAAGAACAUUCUGUCAUUUUAGAAAUGCUUAAUACACUUGGUCUAAUGAUACCGAUACUAGAUAGCAAAGACACAAUACAACAAGCCGAAUCAAUGGCAUUUAACGGGCACCUUUGGCCUUAUGGUAGAGGAGUUUAUCUAAAUUCAGAGAAUAAUCUGGCACUUUGGCUUAAUUGUCAAGAACAUUUGCGUGUUAUUUCAACAACAAAUGCUUCAAAUGCCGCCGAUAUGGGAUCUGCAUAUACCAGAGUAGGUCGAGCAGUUUCUUAUUUAGAAAAUAAACUCCACUUUAAGGAAAGCUAUCUGCUUGGUUACUUGCAAGCGCGCCCAUCUUUUUUGGGUACUGGACUUAAAUUUUCAACAAAUGUCAAACUUCCAAACCUCAUGAAAGAAAUGGACAAUCUGCGUCACUUGUGUUCUGUACGUGGCCUUAGCUUAAUAACUAAUCCAAUUUCCAAUACAACUGUUCGUCUAAUAAAUAUGCAAAGCUUGGGAGCCGUUGAAUACGUGCUCUUUCAGGAAUAUAGUACGGCCGUUACUAAUAUUCUCUCGCUGGAGAAGGACAUGUCAUUGACGAACUCAAAACACAUCGCAACAAUGUUGGUGAAAAUAUUUCGUCGUAAGAAAAACAGUCUAGUGGAUCGUAAUUAGUUUUCUAAAAAUAUAGCAAUAAUACACAAUCAUUUA